CCAUUCACAUUAUACGAGUUAUGCACACGCAAUCUAAUCUUGUAUAUAAAUAUUAGCCAAACACAAUCAUAUAACAUUGUAUCCACUGUGGUCUCACAUUAGUCCUGUACAAAAAACCCAGUCUCUGAUUAACGGCAAUGGAUUGCUUGGUCUUGCCUGUAUCAAUGUUGAGAAAGUGCUACUCGAGGUCACGACUAGGCUAUCGGCCAUUAACUGAAGAUGGGUUCGGCGAUUUGGACAGUCCGGUGACCGUGGUGGUGGGAAAAGAGAGGAAAGAGUUCUUGGUUGAUCCGUUUGUAUUAGAAGAGAGCCCCUUUCGGGUUUUGAUUGAAACAGUAAAUAAGGACAGAGUUUUCGAUGAUACGAGUAGAUCAAGGGAGGAGAAGAGAGUGAUUUUUGUGGAUGUGGAUGCCAUUUUGUUCGAGCACAUGUUGUGGUUGAUGUACAAUGAUUGUUCUUCUUUAUUUCAGCUUAAUCUCAAGGAAAUUAUUGACUUCUAUGCUCAAGAUUGUUAGAUACAAGUGAAUAAAACAAAGGAAAGGUAUACCAGGCACACUAGCUAAUUUCAUUUUAUAUAAAUCUCUAUAUAGUUCCAUCGAUCAUGUAAAUUUCUUUAAAGCCACUAAUAAAUAAUUCUAAUUGUUCU